AGGCGUUGCUCACUGAUGAAAACAAGAAGUCUGCGGGCGGAAGCGACGCUAAAAACACUGGCCGGACUGAAAGGGUCCCUCCGAGUUCAGAACCGGGCUUUUCGGACAUUCACACGCCUGUGCGGACACUGACCGGGUUAAACGGCUGAAGGUGCGCGCGGGGAAGUGUCCAGGAGGCCGGUUAGCAGUCGAGCUCGCUGGGUAGGUGUCUGGCUGCCCAGGCGUGGGUCAGUCAUCCAAAAUGGAUGACAGCAAGAUGGUUGGUGGAAAAGUCAAGAAACCAGGGAAACGCGGCCGAAAACCUGCCAAGAUUGACCUGAAGGCCAAGUUGGAGCGGAGCAGACAGAGUGCCCGGGAGUGUCGAGCCAGGAAGAAGCUGCGCUACCAAUACCUGGAGGAGCUGGUGUCCAGCAAGGAGAGAGCCAUCUGUGCUCUGAGAGAGGAGCUGGAGAUGUACAAGCAGUGGUGCACUGCCAUGGACCAGGGGAAAAUCCCAUCAGAAAUAAAGGCUCUCUUAACCGGAGACGAUCAGAAAACCCCUCAAAGCACCAGCACCAAAACGCCCAAAAACGGCAAGUACAGCUCAACUGGGAUCAGCCAGAAUAAGUCAGCUUAAAGUCAGAUGCCUGUUUUAACACGUUCUCUGUAUCAUGGAGAAAACAGCAGAGUAGAUGAACCGUAUAGAGCUGAUGUGUUAGUCACUAUAUGAAGGUACAGUGCAACAGCCACAUACCAUCAAUACAGUCUGGCUCUGUUCGUCUGUGUGGUCUGGAGAAGAUACAGUAUGUAACACUAUGUCUCUUAAUAUGAAAGUAUGCAGUAUUGUCUUUGUAAUGCCCGUUGUUUGGACCCAUGCUUACUUAGAGGAUUUCCAGUUAUUUCCAUCAGUUAUCUCCCGUGUAGAACCAGGUGAUGUAGACUUCGUUCAGGUGAAGAAAAUUAAAGCAAGUGUUCAGUUCUCCUGGAGUCCAAAUUAAAUGUCGAAGUUGUGGGUACAUGGCAGCCAACAUGUGCAAUAAAUCACAAAUGCCAGAAAUCCUUCUAAGAAAACAAAGGAAACAGACAUACUCACCUUGGGUGUUGUCCGAAUAAUUUAGCUUUGCUCUAAGCACUUUAAAAAAAAAAUUAAAAAUUUGCAUAGCACUGGUUAAAGCUCUUAUUUUUUUCUUUAUUUUUUAAGAAAUGACACAAAGUAAUUGGUCUAUUUUUGAAUAUAUUUAUUUCCUUAACUAAAACAGAAAGCACUUUUUAUUUGUCCUUAACUUGUUUAGUGGUCCAACUGGCAUUUUUGAUGAGAAAUGGCUUUUGCUUUGCUUGGUUACAUUUUAAAGGAAAUUAUACUUGCAGUAUCAAAACGUUCCUUUGUGACCCGGUCAUCGUCCUCCACUUUCUCACCAUAAGAAGAUGAUAUUGUGGUUAUACCACACUGACGAUUUCAGUUAUGCGUUUUAUUCCUGAAGUGUCUGUUCUUUGUGUUUGAACUUUGGAUUAACAAUCAUGUAUUUUGUUUUUGUCAGAUGUUUGAUUUUUUUUAUUUUUUUUUUUCCAUUUAGAAUGAUGUUGAAUGUAUUUAUGGUUCUUAUCCAUAUUGUUGAAUCUAUCAAUCAGUGAACUAUUUGAAAACAAGUGAAAUGAACAAACUGUAAACGCUAUUUAUUUCCCUUUAGUUCGGAUCCUGCACGCCGGUGUAGAGAGUGCACUAAGACAAACUCUUUAUCUGCCUAUUCCUGGUGUAAUCCAGAUUUGUAGCAUGUCCAGCAAAUUAAGUAGAAAUGCAAAAGCAUGUUCAUGGUACUUAAAAAAGCAUGGCAGAUUAAAUUGGUUCAUAACUUUCUCUUCUUAAAACUAUAAAUGGGAGUGAAGGGGUCAGAAUUAAAUUUAGAAUUUAAAUCAACUGCACUCACUAGUGUUGCGUGCAAAAUCAGGCCUCUGAUCAGAUGCAAAACAAAAGGAAUCUUAAUGACCGGAUCAAUCAUUUGGUGUCCAAACAAACACAAGAUAUAUGUUUGUACAUGUUUUGUUGCCCAUUUUCAUACCUGUCCACUUCCAAUGUUGUGACAUUAUUUAGCACAGAAAUGUAUAUUUUUAUAUUUAUAUCUAAAGUCGUGUACAGAUAUGUUGGAGGAUGCUGAAAACAUUUGUACAUGAAACUAAAAUAACAUACACGUGCAACUGCUUUGUUACCAUAAAGCCUGUUCAGUAAGAACUAAA